AUGGCGACUGUCGAUGUGAAGGUGAAGUGGGGAAAGGAGAAGUUCGACGUUCAGAUCAUGUUGGAUGAGCCAGCUGAAGUCUUCAAGGCUCAGCUGUUUGCGCUCACAGGAGUUCCCCCUGACCGGCAGAAGAUCACUGCGGGGACCAAGAAGAUCAACGAUGACACUGACCUCAAGUCGUUGAACCUCAAGGACAAGCAGAUGCUCAUGCUGUUUGGAACUGCCGACGAGAUUCUGCAAGCUCCGACAGAGAAACCGAUCUUUGUCGAAGACUUGGCACCGUCGGAUAUGGCAGGGCUGAUGGCUGCUGGUGUUCCCUUUGGCCUUGAGAACCUUGGAAAUACCUGCUACAUGAACUCCUGCCUCCAGGUUGUCAACAACGUCAACGAGCUGGUUGAGAGCUUGUCGAACUCUCCAGCAGAAUCGACCCAGCAUUCCGAUCCUUACAACGGCCUGGUUGUUGCGUCGAAGAACUUGUUCAAGCGGAUGCAGUCGGCUACUGAACCGAUUGCUCCUGGAAAUCUGUUGAUGCAGCUGCGUCUGAACUUCCCACAAUUCGAUGAGAGGGGAGAGGGCGGGAUGCACAUGCAACAAGAUGCAGAGGAGUGUUUGUCACAGUUGCUGCAAGUCUACACGCAGAAGAUCAAGACUGCCGAGGGAAAGAGCUUCAUUGAGGACCUCUUUGGCGUCGAGUUGGAUGUUGAGGUCAAGUGCGCGGAAGGAGAUGAGCCGGCCGUGACGGAGAAAGAGAAGCAACUGAAGAUCUCCUGUCACAUCCAGGGGCCGACUCCCCAACCGGAUGGAAGCAGCAAAGGUGGCACUGACUUCGUGACUCAGAGCAUCUCUCUGGGCCUUGAGUCUUCACUGGAAAAGAACUCUCCUUCCCUCGGAAGGACCGCUCUCUACAAGAAGACUUCCAAGAUCUCCCGAGUCUGCCUCAGCUUGCCAAAGUAUCUGCUGCUUCACUUCGUGAGGUUCCAGUGGAGGCAAGACACCGGGAAGAAGGCCAAGAUCCUCCGCGCGGUUAAGUUUCCGUUCCUGUUGGACAUGAGGGACUUCUGCACCGACGAGUACAAGUCGAGGAUAGACAAGUGGAGGAAUAAGGAACGUGAGGCGAAUGAUGAGCGACAAGCCGCGUUGAGGCGACGCACCGAGACUGGUACAGCCAAGGAUGAGAGCGAGAGCAAGGAGGGUGCGAAGGGAGAGGAGAAGAAGGAGGAGACGAUGGAGGUGGAAGGCCAAGAGGAGAUCGAGGAGACGGAGGAUCUCUGGUCCACUUACGAGCUGACCGGAGUCAUCACGCACAAGGGGAGGACGGCGGACGGAGGGCACUACGUCGCCUGGAUCAAGAAGGACUCGGGCAAGUGGUUUCUCUUCGAUGACGCCAAGGUCUCGGAGAUCGAGGCCGACGAGGUCAAGAAGCUCUACGGAGGAGGCGACUGGCACAUGGCCUACAUGUGCCUCUACAAGCGCGUUCGACGUCCUCUGGACGUGACGAAGUAUGAGUGAGAGGAGCGAAGACUGGGUGAAGGAGGAGGGGGGGGGACAAAGAAAGAGCGGGUGGAGAAAUAGUUUUUGUGUCGCAAGGUGCAAACAGAUUCUCGACAAGAUGUUAGUUAUGUAUUGGUUUCCUCCUACUCCCUAUCCAUUCACAUCUAGUGGACGCGAGAUAAGCUGGUUACCAUGUAGAACGGAUAUAAUACAAUGCCUGGC